GGCGGACUGAAGAGUCUGGGGCGCGCGCUCUCCUUGACACCUUCGCUGCGGAGGGAUGGCACGCGGAGUCUGCGCGCUCUGUGGGAUGCUGCGGCGGCGGCUCUGCUUAGGAUCGAGCCUGCUGUUCCUUCAGCUCCUGCUUGUGUGUCCGCCGAGCCCGGCUGGAGCGGGCCAGUUCUCCAAGUGGCGGCUGCCGGCGCCCGUGGGGAAAAAUUUGUUUAACUUUGGAAAGAUUCUCUUCAGCAACACUACUGUUUUCCUAAAGUUUGAUGGCAAUGUAACAGCAUGUGAUCCUUCUCAAAGUUACAACGUCAGUUGGUACUUGAGAUAUUCUGAUUGCUAUAACGAAGUCUUCGACUUUGGGGAUAAACAAACGGAGAGAGAUUUUUCUGAAGAAAUUCAUGGUUGGUCAGGACAGUAUGUUAAGUCUUCACUCUUCUUCCCCAACUGCUCUGAACUCUUCAAACCACAGUUCUUCUAUAAAGAAUUUCUUCAUCCAGAAGACCUCUCACAAGGAAAACCAGAGGAUAAGAGGCAGAAUGGAACGAACCAAACUUUAACAGCAGAUAAGCCUGCAAUGAAUGCUGUGAUGAAAACCUGGAAAGAUGGACCUUACAUCUUCAUUGUGCAAAUAGGAGUUUUACCCUUGAAAGAGGCCAGUGUCAAAGAAAAAAGAAUGACAAGUGAAGGGUUACCAAAAGUUAUGGCUACCUCUGAUCCACAAGAAACGCUUGUUACCAUGAUUGUGGAAGUCAAGGGGCCGUAUGAAUACCUCUCUCUUGCAGAUUAUCCACUCAUGAUUUUUUUCAUGGUGAUGUGCAUAGUAUAUGUGUUUUUUGGAGUUCUGUGGCUUGCCUGGUCAGCCUGCUACUGGCGAGACCUCCUGCGGAUCCAGUUCUGGAUUGGGGCAGUUAUUUUAUUGGGAAUGUUGGAGAAAGCUGUUUUCUAUGCAGAAUUUCAGAAUAUUCGCUACAAAGGAGAAUCUGUUCAGGGGGCAGUGAUACUGGCUGAGCUGCUUUCGGCACUGAAACGUUCACUGGCACGAACGCUUGUUAUCAUAGUGAGCCUGGGAUAUGGGAUAGUCAAGCCUCGUCUUGGAGUAACCCUUCACAAAGUAGUUGUGGCUGGAGCCCUCUAUUUAUUAUUUUCUGGCAUGGAGGGUGUCCUUAGAGUCACAGGGUUUUUCCAUGGCUUUAUGGCUGUGGUUGCUAACUUCGGGCUAUCUAUCAUUGACUCCUGUAUUAUUUACUGGAUAUUCAUCAGUUUGACUCAGACAAUGAAACUUCUAAAACUUCGGAGAAAUGUUGUGAAGCUCUCUCUCUAUCGACAUUUCACCAACACUCUCAUCUUGGCAAUAGCAGCAUCUGUUGUUUUUAUCAUCUGGACCACUGUGAAAUUCAGGCUAGUAAACUGUCAAUCGGAUUGGCAAGAGCUGUGGGUGGAUGAUGCCAUCUGGCGGCUUUUGUUUUCAAUGAUUCUUUUUGUCAUCAUGGUUCUUUGGAGGCCAUCAGCCAACAACCAGAGAUUUGCUUUUUCACCAUUGGCUGAGGAAGAUGAAGAUGAUGAACAGAAGGAGCCAAUGCUGAAAGAAAGCUUUGAAGGAAUGAAAAUGAGGAGUUCAAAACAAGAAGUGAAUGGAAAUCCUAAAGUUCACAAAGCACAGGAAGAUGACCUGAAAUGGGUAGAAGAGAAUGUUCCUUCUUCAGUAACUGAUGUCGCUCUCCCGGUACUUCUGGAUUCAGAUGAGGAAAGAAUGAUCACACAUUUUGAAAGAUCAAAAAUGGAGUGAGAAAGGGAAAAUUUGCAGGACAAGACUACCUGUGAUUGGAGAAAGGGGAGAAUCUUCUGAUUCCCUUAGAAUGUUCCAGUGUUACAUUCUUCUGAUGUGUUCUGCGAUCCUUCAUCCCUGGAGUUGGACACUGUUCUCAGAGAACAUUUUACUUGGGUCACUAUGGAAAGGAAUGACAAACAUGUUGCUAAACCUAGGAAGACAUUUGGAUUUGCAUUGUUACUGCAAGUUGGUUUUUAAAGAAAUUUUAAUGUCUUUUAUUACAGCACGUUCUGUUUUUUUAGAACUGUUUAAGUGAAACUAAAAAAAUUAACAAAGGUCUGAGGAAAUAUUAAUUCAAUAUUAAAGCUAAAUCCCAUACAUUUUAAACAAAAGGAUGUGGGAAAAGGGUUAGGAUGGUUCCCUUACAAACCAGCAAGGGUGACCCACACACAAAAGCAGGUUUUGGCAUGUUGACAAUUGCCAGCGGUCUGUGCACAUGAGAAGGAAUUGCACAUGGUGAGAAAUCCUGCAUGGAACCCUAGGAGCUAUAGAUAAGGGAGGGAGACAUUGAGUCUUAUCUCCCAUCUGCUACCCAAGUGAAGAUUGGCACUGUCAAAGCUGGUGGCAUCAACCAUUUAUACAAAAGGCUUGUUCCUGGUAGUGUGAAUGCAUUCUGCUAGAAGCUGUAAAUCAGGGUCAGUGUCUUUCAUUUUUGUUGGAUACAGAAGUUGUUGGCUGUAGACCAGGGAGAGAGCUUUGGAAUUAGGAGUUCUUGCUUAUGGAAAAUAAUCAACAUAUGUCACAAGGGAAGUAUUUGGAAAAAGUAAUGAUUCCUACUGUUUUUUUUAGCAAGAUCAAGUGCAAUUUUAUUCACCCCACUAUGAAGGAAAGAUUUUUUUAAAAAAAAAUUUAUGUAGAAGCAAUGAUUGCCUAAUUCUUAAUGUUUGUUGUAGUAUCUCAUUGCUGGCAAUGGGGCGUGAGCAUAAGCAAUUAACUAUUCAAAUCAGAGCAAUGUGUGAUUUAAUAAAACACCCCAGCACCAGUUUGCUACUCUAGACUGGAACCACACUUAUCCUUUGUUUUCAGUAUUGUUGUAUUGGAAUCUGUUACAUAGUCUCACAAAUUUACUCCAGCCAAUCUGAACCAGUCCUGAACAACUUUCACACUUGCCUUUAUUAUGGUUUGUUGAGUAUUUUAUAACACAUCUUGUUCUUGAAGUUCCAGGUGGACAGCAAAAAGAAACUGGUUAUCCAGCCCCUUAGGGAGUUAUGGUUGUGGAGAUCUGCUCUGAAUUACUGCAUACAUAAAAUUCAUCUUUCCUUUAUUUGCAUAUGGGGUAUAUGAAUAGCCACUGUCCCUUUACAGUUUUGAAAUAAGCAGCUCCCUGAAUAAUCAAACAAGUACAGUUCAAUAUUUGGCCUUUUCCCCUCCCUGCCAGAAAAAUCCAGUGAAUCCUGUUACAUAUUAUCUGUGCUUCUGAAUACUGUUCUAGUUAUUUACCCCUAUUCCAUUCCAUACCUGUGAGUUCUUCCCCAGCCCUUGACUGCACAUUUUAUAUGUAUUUGGGAGCAAGGAUCACAGGAGUUUUUGAGACUUCUUAGAAAACUGAAUUUGCCUCUGGAAAGAUAAUAAACUAUUACUAAAAGAGCAAUUUUAACCAGUGACAGAGCUACAAUGGGGACAUCCGGGGACAAACGCCCCGGAUGCCCCCUGGUGAGUCACGUAGGGGUGGAAAAUCGCCCCCCACACUUUUGACCCAUUGCUCCCCGUCCCCCUGGCUGACCCCCUCUUGUUCAGGCCAGGCAAAAGGGAGCUGGCCAAACCGUGGACUGGAACCUGGGCUGCGCCUGUGUGGAGCCCGCACAGGCGCAGCUCAGGCUCCAGCUGAUGGCCUGGCCCUCCUCCUCCCCUGUGGCCCAGUCAGGCUGCUUACCAGCAGCCGACUGAAAAAAGCUUUUUUUCAGCCGGCUUCUGAUAAGUGGGAGGGGAAAGGGGGCAGGACUGUGGGGGCCAUAGGGGUGUGUGGAGCCAACCCUUUUCCCUCCCCUGCCACCCAGUCAGACUGCUUACCAGCAGCUGGCAGAAAGAUUUUUUCAGGUGGCUGCUGGUAAGUGAGAGGGGGUGGGGGCCCAGGCGCCAUUUAGCCCUAGGUGCCAUUUUGUCCCCUUACGCCCCUGAUUUCAACUUACCCUAGUGUUCUCUUUUAAUAAGUAUGGUAGUGUGGGGAUACUUCUGUUCUGAAAUACUUCUAGGAAGUAAUGGGCAGCUAGUAUUUGAAUGUGGAGCUUUCUAAUUUGGGUGCCAAAAUUUGAGCUUUAUCUCUGAUAUCACUACAGCAACAGCAAGAUCUUAUUAAAAAAUCACGUUCUGUUGACAAAUCUAAACUAUUUCAAAUUUUUAGAUUUUGAUUGAAAUGUAGAAGUUUGUCAGUGCUUACAUUCUGCAUUCCCAAUUUAUUUUAGCUGUAUGUAUAAGUGGUUUGGUAAUGGGGUUUCCUUUAACUUACAGGCACUUUUUCAUUUGAUUUGGUCCAAGUUGUAGAUUUUUGUUCUGUAUAAAUAAAGUUCCUUUUUUUUCUUAAA